GUGGUGCUGGUAUGUUGCCUAUUUGCCCCUAAACUCCAGUGAUCCCUCCUCUGUAUUUAUUCAAGCCUGUAGUAUUGCAUUUAGUUGCCCUGAGCUCAGACAAGGAAUCACAGUGGUUACGAGUCAGAUUUCUGAAGGACAGUAAAGCAUUUUCUGGGUCUGUGGAUCCAACCCUCCCAAACAAAACCCUGAGCAGAGUAGCCCUGGUAGAUCGACAGUCUAGCAUCUGUUUGCGAUAUGGAGCCAGAGGUACGAAGUCUAGAAACCAGUGAGAUAGUCCUGAUUUCAGAUGAUCAAAGUGAGAGCCACUCCUCCAAUUCUGACAUCGUCCAUCUAGAGGCAGAUCUCCAUGGUAGGAUGGAAUCAGAUGAAGAGGAGGAGACGGAUCUCCAGAGCAGCAUGCUGAGCAUGCUUGGCAGCGAUAAGGAGCUGGCCGAGAUGGCAGCAGAGUUUGGAGCUUCUCUGGAUGUCAGGCCUCACGCAGAACGCGAUUUAAAGCCUCCAGAGACUGGGGAGCUUCUGAUGUGUGUAGAAGACCCAUUUGUCGAGGACUUUGGGCCAGAAGACGAUUCUCAGCCAAUAUUCGCUCAUACCCCUCUUGUGUCUGAAUCUUUAGAUUUUACACUUGCUUCUGUCCCAAUAUCUGAAAUCAUCUCACAGGUUUUAGAACAACUCCCAUCUCCACAGGUACUUCAUCAGACUCCUUUAUCUACACAAACAGCCUCAGGGGAGGCUCACAUUUUUAAAUCAGAGCCUAUUAAUGCACCUAUCAUGUCUCAAGACUGCACAACGUCAUCUUCAGAGUUGGUUCCUCAUGCAGAAAUGGAGCCAGUGACAUCAGGAACCCCUGCCAGUUCUCCCUUGUUGCUAGUUGGUAGUGCUGCCCUGGUGGCAAUAAUGGGAGUACUUACAUAUAUGUUGAGAAGAAAGUAGCAAGUGCCAUAUCAGGACUGUAUUUCUCUUUAACAGUUUAACAAUGUGACUAAAUGCUAAUACUUUUUCUUUUUAGUUCUGUUUACUGUUCCCUAAUAAAAGUUCAAAUAAAAGCAACUAU